CUUUGAAGGCGAUCUUUUUUCGCAUUCCUGUAGAUGGAUAAAGCCACUGAUCAUGAAUUUAAUAGUUCGUCAUGACGAGAUCAGAAAGACGACGCAUUGAAAUGAUCGGACACCCGAUUUGGUAAAGUUCAUUCCGUGGAGUAGUCCGAGUAGUCCGAGUAGUCCGAUGGGGGCCUAACCAACCUAAAUCCGUUCACUUCUAUUCCCUUGGACUCGCAAGGCAACACCGAAGACAAAGGGAAGAAAACCUUCGUAUCUAGGUCGCAUCUCAUGACACCCAAGAUAUCACUUUGAAAAGUUCUACUCCGGAUUAUUCCAAACCUUGUCAUUUCAAACCUUUCGCUUGGUCCUAAAUACCACUUCCAGAGCAGGGAGAACACCCCGUUUCACAGUGUAUCAAACCGUAACGAUGGACUCAUCUCAAAAAGGCUUAACGAUGCCAUCCUUUCAGCAAAAAGGCAGCAACAUCCUGAUUCGCCCUACACACUACUCGGAUAUUCGCUUUAUGGCAAACAUCGCGGCAGCCGAAUAUCGAGACUCGGUUCUCAGCAACUUCCUCUGCCCGUAUCGUCAUCAGUAUCCCAACCACUUCAACAGGCGCUUCCUACAUUUCUUCCAAGCCCGCCAUUUUGACCCUCGCUCGAUUGGCUUUGUAGCUGUGGAGUCUUCCAGCCCCAACAAGCCCGUAGGCUACAUUCAAAUAACCCGUUUGGGAGACGACGAGCCUGCCAAACGAUUGAUUGCGACUCGGGACACCCUCUGGCGCCGGCUGUGUCACUGGUUGCUUCAGACUCAAAUUUCAAUCGUAAACUAUCUCUGGCCUGAUCGAUCUACCGAUCGCGAAGCAGCGCGCCAAUUCGACGAGUCGGCCCAGCGCGAUAGCGAGAAGUAUUGGGAGUCUGAUGAGAUGAAGGCCAAAGUUGGGAAUCGCUGGCACGUCAAGAGUCUUGUUGUCGCCUCGUCGCAUCAACGUCGGGGAAUUGGCCAGAGGCUUAUGGCGGAGGCUAUGCAAAGGGCUCAGCAAGAGGGUGUUGUGGUUGGGUUGGAGGCUAGUGCGGAUGGCGAGAAGCUCUACCGAUCGCUGGGAUUUGAGAUGCGAGGCCCAUAUUCUAUGGCUGUCGGGCCACCAAGGGGAGGAUUUAUGAUGUGGACUCCUCAACAGACAUAG